AUGAAGCUAACUUCCUAUCUCUUGGCCCUGGUCCUGUUCGCCGGUUUCUUCCUGCUCCAGCCUUCUUCUGCCCAAACGAACUCCACCACAACCACCAACUCCACAACAACCACGACGAACUCAACCAGCUCCACGCCCACUGUCCACAGGAAACAUUUCACGGCCACUAACAUUCACUACACAAUUGUCCGCAGGAUCCAUGUGAACAAGAAGAGGUCUGGUUAA